AUGACUGGGUCGGGUUCGCCUUGCGGUGCUUGCAAAUUCUUGAGGCGAAAAUGUGUGAAGGGGUGUGUUUUUGCACCAUAUUUCUGCCAUGAACAAGGGGCUGCACAUUUUGCAGCAAUUCACAAGGUUUUUGGGGCUAGCAAUGUGGCCAAACUUCUUGCUCAUCUUCCUGUUAGUGAUCGCUGUGAAGCUGCUGUCACUAUCUCCUAUGAAGCUCAGGCCAGGCUUCAAGAUCCUAUCUAUGGCUGUGUUUCCCAUAUCUUUGCUCUCCAACAACAGGUGGUGGACUUGCAAGAACAGCUGAUUUCUCUAAAGAAACUAGCAGCUAAUCAGAGCAACUUGAACGAUUCCAUGGCUUCUGCAGCAAACCCUAAUGAUAGAUCCAAUAAUAAUGUAACGAUUCCAUCAUCCCUGCAAGACGUUCACAACUGGUUUCACUACUCACAAAACCCCACCGCCAUGGCCGCCGCAGAGUUUUACCCAGCAGCAAGCUCAAACGCCUGCAACAAUGGCGGAAACUUGCAGCCUGCAGCAAUUUAUUACUCUAAUAUCAACGAAAACCCUAUAUAUAUGGGGACUAAUAUUAAUAUUAGCAACAAUAAUUAUAGCUACGCAGAUGCUUCUUCUUCGUCGAUGGAUGAUCUUCAGUCUGCGGCCUUCAGAUUCCUUCAUCAUUGA